AUGCAUCACUUCCCCAUUGCCAGCUUAAGCGUGCUCGCUCUCAUCUCACCCGUCCUCGUCUCUUCGAAUGCGCCGCCGCAAGCUCCCCCACCCCAGCAACGAACCACACUGCGCCCUAUCAACAUCCUCGACUACGAGGCUUCCGUGGGACUCCAGCGCCGCGAUUCCACCGAUCUGUCCGUUUUGGUCCCCCAGAAUCACUCGGAGCUCGUGUACGGAAGCCCGGCAGAUGAUGGCCGGUUUCUCCUCGCUAACAUGACGCUUCAUGCCCCGGACGGUCUGCCGAUCGUCUUGCUUGAGCGCUUCGAGGAGCUGGAUGUCGAGGUGGACUGUCGGGAUGAUGAGGGCGUAUUGUCUUUGAUGUUCGGUUCGAGCGAUGCGUUUGAGUAUGCUAGAGAGGAAUGGGGUUAUGUCAAUAAGGCGGAUGAUGGGAAGUUUUUGCUCAUUGCGAAUAAAGAUGGGUGUGGGCCUGGUGGUCAGAGGCAGCCUUAUGUCAUCUCCAACAUCACGGACGACACUGCGACGCUCAAUCUAUCUCUGGCUGCUCAAGCAGUCCCCUGGUCCGACGUUGGUGGCUCGUACGAGCUCGAUUUUGGCCAUGCGAUUCCAAUCCGACAGCCUCAGCAACUCCAAGGCCGGAGUUGGUGGGAUAACGCUAAGAAUGCUGGAAACGACGCCCUCAACACUACCGAAGGAAACCUUGACGAGACCAAGAAUGCUAGCUUUGCAUUAUCUGCGGGACAGCAAAAUAAGCGAACGACUAUCUACACUGAUCCCGGGGCUGACUUGACCAUUGAUUGUACCAACUGCUUCAUGAUUGGGAGCCUCGAAGUCAUGGGUCAUCUCUCGAAACCUCCCCUAACGCGCUUCAAGGUUCUUGAUUUCAAUCUUCGAGACCUCAUCCUUAUUGCGUCCCCCAACUCCGUUCUCGCAACCCUCGAGUUCGAAGCAAGUAUAACAUCCGAUUAUGAACCAACUUCGCUAAAUUUCACCAAAGAGCUUCCUAGUAUCCCGAUUCCCGAUUUAGGGUUCUCAAUUCCCGGAAUAAUGACAAUAGGUCCCAGCCUGACCUAUACCGUCGGCGCGAGUGGCUCGUUCGGCGGUUCUGCAACGGUCGAAUUCGGACUUCAAGCUACUGUUCCAGAUAGCGCGCAGAUUGUUGCAGACUAUAGCAACUCUGGGGCGAGUACAGCGACAAACUUCAGUGGAGGCCAGCUGACACCAAAGUUUGACAUCAAAAACGGAUCGGCAUCUGUGACUUUGAGCGCCUUUUCCCAGCUGGGGAUCAAUUUCGGAGUCGACUUGCUCAAACUUGGUGCCGUGACUGUCACAGUGACGGUCAAGUUGCCGGAGAUUAGUACGACGCUGACUGCAAAUUAUGACAAACUGGGCGCCUGCAGUCAAGGUGUCGGGGCUUCCAAGACAGGGAUCGAAAUUGACAGCAGGGUCAGUAUUGAAGUUGACUUGGAUAUGGACGCAAAGUUGCUGGACAAGGGGCCUUCUUGGUCGAAGACCCUGUUUAGCGACUCGAAGCACCUCUAUUCGCACUGCUAUCCGCUCAACAUCCCUGAACUUCUGCCGGAACAGAACGUAACAAGGGUACCAACGUUGCCUUCGGCACCAUCAGUAUCAGCAUUUUCAUCCGGGGUCCCAGCACCUGCAUCCCCCACCUGGGAGCUAGAACGCAGAUGGGCAAUUCUGCCACCAGGAGACAGAUGGGCACUCAGUUCAGCAUGGGUACCUUCGCUACCAACAGGCUAUCCGUCAAGAUCCGGUCUACAAACCAAUUCAUCCUCCUCUAGUGGAAGGCCCGGUUCGGAUUCAUCAAUGUUACCUUCGACCACCUCAACAACAAAACCGACCUUGACACCCGGUACUAGUACGUCUUCCACAUCUUCGAAGGUCGGACUAUCAUCAAUUCUGUCUCCAUCCACGCCAGAAAGCUCCACGAUGACAUCGACACUCGUUACAUCUUCUACAUCUUCAGAAAGCGAGUCACCAUCAACGCUUAUUUCGUCUACUUCGUCGAGCACGUCUCUGAAUUCGUUAGCAACUGGUUCAUCAUCAAUCCUACCUUCGGUCACCCCAUCAUUGAGCGCACAAAAACCUUCACAUAGCACCGAAGCCGACGCAGCUGGUAAUAGUCCCGAGGUGACUCCAACUACACUAACCCCUUCCAAAUCAGCCUCAAAAGAGCACUUGAAGGUCCCAGUUCCCGCCUCAACUUCCGCAUCACCGUCGCUGCUGCCAGAUCCUGGGGCCAAGACUGCUGUCAAUCAACCAAAGGUCACUUACACCCCAGCGGAGCCUUCUCCCAGGAUACCAGCAAUUUUGCCUGCUCCAAAGCCAGAUGCUACCUCGUCGCCAAAGCUCGCCAAAGGAGCAGACAAGUCAUCGUCCAACUCUCAAGGGCACCAUAAGAAGCAUCACCAUUCGCGCUGA